AUGCGAACCCUUGUGAGCUCAAGGUCUCUCGAGGUCAGCCUUCCCAUCACCAAGGCGUCAGUCCGACUAGAUGUAACUCACCAUCAGCCUCCGGGGAUUGCAGACUUCAACGCCGGGAUUGGCGUGGUCGAAAUGCUAGGCCAGUCAAACUACCUCGCCAUCGUCGGCGGAGGCCGAAAUCCCAAGUUCCCUCAGAACAAACUCGUAAUUUGGGAUGAUGCGAAGCAGAAAGCCGCCAUCAUCCUCGAGUUUCGCACAUCUGUCUUGGGUGUUCGCCUGUCGAAAUCAAAGAUCGUGGUGGCGCUUCUGAAUAGCAUACACGUCUAUGCCUUUUCGACGUCGCCGAAGAAGCUGUCCGUCUACGAAACAUCCGACAACCCGCUAGGAUUGGCCUGCCUGGGCCAGAAAAAACUGGCUUUUCCAGGUCGGUCUCCAGGACAAGUACAGCUUAUUGAGCUGGAGACAGGCAACAUUAGUAUCAUACCGGCGCACAGCUCUCCUCUACGUGCAAUGUCAUUGAGCCCGGACGGUGAACUUCUCGCUACGGCCAGCGAAGCGGGAACAUUGGUCCGGAUUUUUUCAACGGCCAACUGCACAAAGUUGGCCGAAUUGCGUCGUGGCGUGGACCACGCGAUCAUAUUCUCUCUAGCUUUUUCGCCCUCGAAUAAUCUCUUGGCAGUAACAUCCGACAAGUCUACUCUUCACAUCUUUGACGUGCCACAUCCGCAUCUGCCUCAUCGCGCCCAGUCGCCUGCUUCAUCGCUAGAAGAGAGCGCUAGCCAGAAGUGGGGGAUCCUGGGCAGACUUCCAUUGCUACCCCGGGUGUUUUCGGACAUUUACUCAUCUGCCAGUGCGCAUUUUGAGAUUGGAGAUGAAGCUGGAUCGGGAACAUCGUAUGGAUCGAGCCCCGGGACCUCGAUAGGCCGUCGGCCUGCCAAAGGCGUCAUCGGAUGGAUUGAUAAUCAUACGCUGCUGGUCCUGGGAGCAGGUCAAGAUGGGCGAUGGGAGAAAUUUAUCCUCCGAAAUGGCGACGACGGAAGGCGUUAUUGCACGCGUGAUGGCUGGAAGCGUUACUUAGGAGGCUGA